UCCAUAUUAACAAGAUAAUGUUCACGUCCAGAAGAGUAAUUAAUCAUUCCACAAGCUCUAAACAAGUCAGCUCGCGAGCUUAGCUCAACAAUCCACCGAGUCAAGCUAGCUCUCGACCUUAUCAAGCUGAGCAUGAUCUAGCUCAAGUUUGGCUCAUUUCCUAAUGAGCCGGCUCGCGAGUCCGCUUGUUAAAUAACUAGAAGAGUGUUGAACGAGUUUUUUCCGAUUCAAACGUUGAGUUGCUCUCUAGCAGCUUUGCUCAUUUGCAGCCCUAAUGACGUCCAAUCUUCAUAACUGCAUCAAGGUGGAAAUAUUGUAUUUGAAUUUCUAGGAGGCGAGCCCAUACAAGUGCGGAGGAGAUCACAUGGUUGUAUCUAGGGGUUAUAGUCGGGUAUCCGAUACUGAUAAGGGACCUAAUCCCCCCACCGAUGCUGACACCGAUAUGACUAUCGGUUAUCUGACAUCGAUACUAGAAAAAAUACAGUCGGUUGAUCGGUUUCCCAAAACCGAGAGCUUCCACCAUCUCUUUCUCCUCUCCGCAUGUCCCUCCCCCUCCAUUCUGCGUCUUUCUCUCCUUAGUUUCAGUCAAAUCUUCCACCCAAUACUUCUUCUAUACCAUCGAUGAAUAAGCAUGCAGCAUGUGUUGGAUCUGGCCGGAUUUCUGGCUCUAUCGGCACUGGUAGAUGGAGGCACUUGAUGGCGACGAUGUAGAUGGGGGCGGCGACAAGGGAGAGGUUGCCGGUCGGAGUUCUCGAUCAUCGUCUGAGAAAAAUCGAGGAGAAUGGUGGAGAACAAAAGGCUCCGUCGCCUUCUUGUUUGUCGAUUCAGGGAGACGGAAAGAGUGGAGGAUGCGGCAAGAGGAGAGGAGGGAGAGGUAUGGGCAUUUGGUGGUUGUAGCAGUGCAUCGAAGUUAUCUCUGACAUCAAAGGCGAUUGUCGGUGAUAAAAAAAUUUCCAAAUCUCCCAACCAAGACUGUACACAUAUAAUCGAUUGUCGAUUCAGAAUAAAUGCCGAUUUUGGUUUGAUUGUUGGUUUAACCAAAUAACCAUCGACUGAUUAUCACCCCUAAUUGAAUUUGACUGUUUUUAUUAAAAAUUGACAUUAAUAGACAAAAAAAAUGAAAUUUGCUAAAAACCCAUAGGCAGAAAUCCAAACUUCUUGGAUAUUGGUUUUUGGUCCACCCACACAAAAAGAAGCCUCUUAUCCAAAUGGUUGGGUAUUGGCCUGAGCCUUGAGGCCACAUGAUGGAGUUGGUUGGGCCUGGGACCCAACGAUAAGUUGGGUCUGUGAUUGGUUUUUUCUUGUAAAAAAUUGUUUGAGAAGAAGUUUUAGCCUCCCCACCUAAAACCAAACCGAAUCCUGGUAUAAACAAUUUAUUUAGAU